AUGGCGUGGAAAGAUGAUGCCGUCUUGACGAUGGCUGCCCAGGAUCAAAGCGACGUUUACAUUCUUUCAUAUCGCCGCGGCAACGCCCAAGAAGACUACCGCCUCAACUCCCAACAGGAUGUUAUUAAGCACGCAAUCCUGGAAGGCCAACUGGUGCACCCCUCAAUCCCAGCCGUAGAGAUCACGAAGGCCAUUGCCGAUCUUGGCUGCGGCAGCGACAUCUGGUUCGACGACAUCAAGAACACGCUCUUUCGUGGGACUGACACAGAUCCCCGUCUCGUAGGCUUCGACAUGAACCCCGGAGCUUUCAACAAGACCCCUGCACCUGGUGUCCAGCUUAUCGAGCACGAUUGCACCAUGCCUUUUGACGACAGUUAUAACGGCGCGUUCGACCUCGUGAAUAUGCGCGGGCUUGCGUAUGCCUUGUCCGUCGAAGGCUUUUCUCUCAUGAUGAAACACGCCAUUAAGCUAUUGAGACCGGGAGGGUACCUCCAGUGGCUUGAGACUGAGACGAGGCUUUUCAAGGCUUAUCCAGCUACGCCGAGGAUAUCAAAAGCUCUGGCUGCUAUUAACCUCGAGCGGGAGCAGCGUGAACUUGCACCUUACCUUCCGCAUUUCAUGCUUCGAGAACUUCUGUCCCAGAAUUCAAGGCCCAGCGGUAGUGCUUGUACUAUUAAGGCACAGCCUGAGGGUUCAGACCUGUGUUCUGGGUGCUAUGCUGCGCUGAUACCGUUAGGCGUUGUGAUACCCUAG